AUGAAGAAACAUAAAUCCUACAUCAAUUACGAAGACAUUAUUGAAAAACCUACUCCAUCGAUCAAUAUAUAAUAAUCAUUUAAUCUUAAUGUGAAUGUCAAAUAACUUAAAUAAUAAUAAUCAUCUCCAAAUAUCCCUCUCAUAAAUCAAAAGAAACCUUAUCUUCCAUCCAGAACAAACAAUAGAAAUAGUCUCCCUAUUUUAAGAUCUGCAAUGUAAUCAUAAAUGAUAGAAAGAGAUAUGCAAUUAAACUAAAAGGAUUAUGAUAAAUUAAAAACUGAUUAUGAAAACCUUAAAAUUGAGCAUUUUAAAUAAGAAUCUCUAGUUUAGUAAUUGAUAAAUGAGAAUACUUUAUUAAAGAAUCUCAAUAAUGACCUUAAAAAUUAAGUUGAUGAUCUUAAAAUCAAUAUCAAAAGAUAUCAAUAGAAUGAUGAAGCUGUUUAUUAAUAAUAUCUCUCAAAUUAAUAAGAGUAGAUUAUAAAAGAAUUAAAAUCAAAGAUUAAUUAAUUGUCUGAGAAAUUGAUUCUUAAAGAAAAACAAGCAACCCAACCAGCUAAUUAUCUUGUUUUUGUUAAUGAAAUUUAAAGUUUAUGUUUAGAUUUAAAAAGACAUUUAGAAUGUAAAUACUGUGGAAAAGAAUUAAAGGAUCCAGUGACAUUAAUUCCAUGUGCUCAUUCUUAUUGUAAAGGAUGUAGAAAAGGAUAUUCUAAUGAUUGUUUUUUGUGUGGCAAAGAAUUAAAAAUAGAGGCAGUGUAUCUAAAUUAAUUUAUGAUUGACAUGAUGGCAUUAUAUAAACGAAAUAUUGGACUUAUUGAAUAGUUGAAAAAUAAUUUAUGA